UUAAGGUCUCAAAAACCCACCGCCUGUGGAUAUUCCUGCAACAGAAGCAACUCAAUAACGCUCCAAGAUAAUAACAGUCCAUUCCAAGCCCCACAACGGGCGUAUUCCAGGCCUCACAACGGGAGUAGUCCAGGCCCCAUAACUGGAGUGUUCCAAGCCUCACAACAGAAGUAUUCCACUCCUCACAACGGGAGCAUUCCAGGUCCUACAACGGGAGUAUUCCAGGCCCCACAACGGGAAUAUUCCAGGCUUCAUAGUGGGAGUAUUCCAGGCCUCACAACGGGAUUAUUCCAGGCCCCACAAUAGAAGUAUUUCAGGUUUACAACAAGAAUAUUCCAAGUCUAAAGCGUGUUCAUUCCUAACUUGCAACGGGCGCGUCAUUAUAAAUAUCCAGUAUAUCCAGUACGUACCAUUUCUAACAUUCUCUUGUAAAAUUUCAUCUCCAUAAGAGGAACAUUUUAAGUCUAUAACGGAGCAUUUUAAGUCCACAACGGCAACAUUCCAGUUUAUCAACGGUAGUUCACCAAACCUCCAACAGAAGUACCACACUAAUUACUGUUAUAUAGCCGUGAUUCAACAACAGCAACACAAACAGUGACCAGUAAAAGUCUUGACAAACUUUUAUAUUUUGUUACAUCAACACAAAAGUUCCGUCAGCUGGAACAAGAAUCAAUUUACGGUGAGACGAUUUUUGAAACUGUUUGUGAAAAGUGGAUCUGGACGAGGCAAUUAAAGAAGAACGUUUGACAACCGUAGUAAACAUACUCGUCAGUUUCAAAUUAUCAUCAAUACAAGAGCGCAAGCUGGUCUUUAAUAUCCAAACAAUACUACCAACUCGGUCAUUAGCGAGGAAAAUAAGCAGUAUAUUCGGGGGUUUUUUCCGUGUAAGGAUUUUUGCAACAGAGAAAUUCUCCCCGGUGUGUUUCUAGUCGACCGUAUCUGACCUACUUUACGUGGCAGUGUUUCCAGUUUAGUAGACGGUAUUUUCUCUCUCGUGGCUGUGUCAGUUGGUCGCGUGUAGGGAGUAUAGAGGCAGAGGUAGGGAGACAAUCGUAUUAUUAUAGGCAGGACAUUCCAGAAGUGGAAGGUAAAAAGAUCAAGGACUUUGGGCUUCCUACCGUAACCAUGUGGGCGGCGGGAGUGGUUUGGGCGGCAUGAGUGAGGUGGCCCUCCCGCCCAUUGGUCGCGGCGGCCGUCACCACCACGGACCAUGAGCACGACGCCGGGCUCCCGUCCCUCUCUGUGUCAGCCCAGAAGGCGCGCCGCCUUGCUGUGGGCGUGGCUGUGGGCGUUAGCGCUCACCGAGUUCGGGGCGCUGGCCGACUGCCCUAAAGUGUGUGAGUGCAAGUGGCGGGACGGGAAGGAAGUAGUGUCCUGCCGAGACGCGCACUUCAUCGAUAUCCCCCGAGGACUCGAUCCUUCCACACAAGUCCUUGACCUCCGCCAUAAUAACCUGAGAAUCCUCCCCAGAGACUCAUUCGUCUACACAGGUCUUGUUAACUUGCAGAAGGUUUGGCUCAACUUCUGCAACCUGAUGCGGCUGGAGAAAGGCGCCUUCAGGAUGCUGAGCAACGUCGUGGAGCUUGACUUGAGCAACAACUUCCUGCGCACUGUACCGUCAGAAGCCCUCAUGGACAUGGGCGGUCUCCGGGAGCUGCACCUCGCCCACAAUGGCCUCAAAGUCAUCCCGACGAUGGCCUUCGUGCCUACGCCAGAACUAGUGCACCUCGACAUUAGCCACAACACUAUAUCGGUGAUCGAAGAUGGAGCCUUACGAACGCUUUCUAGGCUCGAAGUUCUUAACUUGUCAGACAAUAAACUCGAAACAAUGGACGCCAGUGAGCUGAUCCCGCUGGCGGUGCUACGGGUGAUACACCUUGACGGUAACCCCUGGUACUGUGACUGCCGCCUUAGGCCACUGCGUAAGUGGAUGCGGGAACACAACUUAGCGGCGUCGGUGCCCGCCGUGUGUUCUCACCCUCGGUGGCUGACAGGUCGUGACUGGCAACUGUUGGACGAAGAGGAGUUUGUGUGCGCGCCACUGGUGUCAGCCGUGGCCCCCAGAGUACUAGCGGCCGAGGGUGAGAAUGUGUCGCUGGCGUGUCGUGUUGAGUCUGAGGUGGAGACGAUCGUCACCUGGCUAGUAGGCGACAGUCCUCUUCAGAACACUAGCGAGGCUCAGCGCUACACUGUGGUGGAACUGAUGGGGCCAUACUACGCUCCAUCCAUUUCCAACUUGACCAUAACAGACGUGGUGCCGAUGGACCAGGGCACGUACCGCUGUGUAGCGGAGAACCGGGCGGGGCGAAGGGAGGUGAACCUCACGCUGCAGGUGUCGCACGAGGUGGCCGAGGUGCGGGUCGCUAACGUGGACGACUCGUAUAUGAAAGGCGGCGUUCUCGGAGGAAUAAUAAUUCUUGUGUGCAUCUUAUUUAUCGUAUGUCUCCUCAUAUAUUGUAAAGUACGUAGUAGUAGUCGCCCACUGCGACAAGAGGACGACAAGCUGGUCACACCCCAGACGUCGCGGGGGUCAGAGGGUACCGAACCCCACAAGCUGGCCGGGUACCACAUAGUGCCCACCAACGACCUGGAGGACCCCCAGCCGUCAGCAAGAAGAUCACAACAAACACAGUCGUCUUGGAUGCUCCACGAGGCGACAAUUGAUGACUACCCCCCCGGGAAGACCCUGGAGAAGGGCGGCGCGGAGGGACAUCGUCAGGAGAGCGUCGAGAUUCCCGUGACGUUGCCAACGGCAACACCCAGCAGCGUCUCCUACGUGGAAAUCCCCAAGUCAGGUGUCGGGGCGGUGAGAACCACCCUAGAGGACCCUGCACGGUGGAAGGACCACCUCAUCUACCACAGUAGGGACGCCAUCUUCUACAGGAUGUGUGGCCGCUCGUCGUCCCAGGUAUCCGUGGGCGUCAGUAACAGUGGCCAAUACCCAGACUUACUGGAUCUGCCGCGGUCACAGCUGCAGCAACAGCAGGAGAUGCAGCAGCACUACAGCAGCCGUCUGCCACUCCACACACUCAAUCCGUCCUACUGCACCCUGCCCAGAACGAGAGCCAGGGUGAACAGUGAUGUAUCUACCAGGCCAGAUAGAGAGGCGGGGAAGUCCGGACUGCACACUACCACCACACAGCCGGCACCACCACCCCCACUACAGCCUGACGAGUGGCUCAUAUGG